GUGCUCACUCUCAUGUCCGUGGCCUUGGUCUUGACAGUAACCUUGAGCCAAGACCAAACUCAGAAGGUCUGGUUGGACAAAUACGAGCACGUAAGGCAGCAGGUGUAAUAUGCCAAAUGAUUAAAGACGGUCGAAUUGCUGGACGUGCUGUCCUUAUGGCCGGUCCACCCGGAACAGGAAAGACGGCUAUUGCUAUGGGAAUGGCACAAACUCUGGGAAAGGACAUUCCGUUUAAUUCUUUAGCAGCGUCCGAGAUAUUUUCGCUGGAAAUGUCAAAGACGGAGGCUCUCACUCAGGCGUUUCGACGGUCAAUUACUGUAAGAAUCAAAGAAGAGACUGAAAUAAUCGAAGGAGAAGUAGUCGAGAUACAAAUCGAUCGAUCGGUUACUGGGGGUACAAAAACGGGGAAGCUAACACUAAAGACAACAGAUAUGGAGACGGUGUACGAUUUAGGAAACAAAAUGAUUGAUGCUUUGAAUCAGGAGAAAGUCAUGGCCGGGGAUGUAAUAGCUAUUGACAAGACGUCGGGGAAAAUUUCAAAACUCGGCCGUUCUUUUGCAAGAGCAAGAGACUAUGACGCUAUGGGAGCUGAUACUAGAUUUGUGCAAUGCCCAGAAGGUGAAUUACAGCGUCGUCGAGAAGUAGUACACACUGUAACAUUACAUGAAAUUGAUGUAAUUAAUAGCCGUUCUCAAGGAUUUCUGGCGCUAUUUUCCGGCGAUACUGGUGAAAUCAAGCCCGAAAUUAGAGAACAAAUCAAUACCAAAAUAUCUGAAUGGCGAGAGGAAGGAAAAGCCGAGAUAAUCCCAGGAGUUCUGUUUAUUGACGAAGUUCAUAUGCUUGAUAUUGAAUGCUUCUCAUUCUUAAAUAGAGCGCUGGAGGAUGAACGCGCCCCAGUUGUCAUUAUGGCCUCAAAUCGUGGAAUAACAAGAAUCCGCGGCACCAAAUACAAGAGUCCUCAUGGAAUUCCGAUAGAUUUAUUAGAUAGAUUGUUGAUUAUUGGUACAGAACCGUACAAUGAAAAUGAGAUUCAACAGAUAUUGACUAUUCGAUGUGAAGAAGAGGAUGUUGACCUAAGUAAUGACGCGCGUGAUGCUUUGACAAGCAUAGCACUCAAGACAUCACUACGUUAUGCCAUUCAAUUAAUUACCACAGCGAAUCUCGUUGCAAAGAAGAGAAAGGCAACUCAAGUAGACGUUAAUGACAUACGCCGCGUAUACGAACUUUUCUUGGAUGAGCAACGUUCUGUUCAAUACUUGCACAAACACCAAGAGCAAUAUAUGUUUAAUGAAAUUAUAACAGAGCCCGAUAGCACAAGGGAAGAAGAAGCAGAUGCAGGAGAUCCCAUGGAGACUUAG